GCCAGGCGGGCUGUGAGCAGUCACUCUCCACAGCACGCCGAGAGAGGAGGCAGCCUGAGAGAGGAGGACAGAGGAAACCUAUCUGCUCAUCUGUCUGUCCAGCGCCUUCCUCUGGGCAUCCACAAGGUGCAUCUGACUGGCCCUGCGUUCAUGGGUGGCAACACCUCCGCAGAGGAGAAUGGAGCAGAGAUGAAGAUGAGAAGGAGGAGGAGGAGGAGGAGGAAAAAAAAACAUGCUGCAGGGAUCAUUGAGCUGAAGGAUUACGAGGGGCAUGAAGAGGAUUUCAGCUGACUGGUUUCAUCCUUCUGUUCCACGUUUUGGAGUUAAGCACCUGACUGCUGAAGGACACCCAGCCUUUACCUGCAUGGAACUGCUCGAUUGUUACCUGAGUGACACCUGGGAGGACUGCUCUCGUGGAUUAUUACAGACUCGUUCCUGGUUUAGAGUGAGUGGACUGAUACCUCAAGUGUCCUCCUGCAGUGCAGAGACAGUUCACACCCCUCCCAUGCACACAUGGAGCCAUCUGAAACAACCGCACAGCAACCCUCCACAAGGGCUAGCGGAGAGAAGACAGCGGAGCUCCAGGCAGACAGCGGGGCUGCGCGGGGGCUGCACGCCGAGCACAACGCGCCGGCUGCCGGAUCGAACCCCGGUGCGGACUACCGGGAGGAAAGAGGGCGACCGCGCCGAAAGUUGCCGGAUGGCUACCGCCGGAUUGGAAGCCUCGGCCCCGGACACGCUGAGGCUCCUUCACCGGGAGGGGAAGCGACAGACAGAUAUGGAGGAGGUUGAGCGAAAUGGCAUCUUGUUUAAUUUCUGCCAAUCAAGACGAGAGGAAGACAACUCCCAAACUGGCAUGCCUGCGGAUGGCCCCAUCAAGCCAAAGUUUGUUGCCUGUUUCCUAAAAAGGGGGGAAGAAUUUUCCACCAAAAUACCCACCAUCCCCAGUGAUGUAACAGGAGGGUGAAGACGCCAUCAAGAGGCCUGGAAAAAUGCAGGAACCGGAUGGCAAAUGGGAACUGACAUACCUCGGUGUGUUUAGCAGCUCGGUGCAUGUGUGUCGAACAUUUAUCUGAUCGUAAAGAAGAGAGGAAUACACUCGACGUGCAACAGAUCAUGCUGGAAGGAAGCUAGAAGAGGAGGGCGAGUGACAGUGAGCAGGGAGGAGGAGAGGGAGCUUUGCUGAUGUCCAGGCCCGAGGAAUGUGUCGACUUGCCGUCAACUAUGUGCUGCUUUGUCAUGAGACCACAGAGCACUGGAAACACGAGUCGUGUCUGCUGUAAUCUCUGCUGUUCAAUUAGCUGCGCUGACUGGGACGCCACCUACACUUCAUUAGCUGCAAGGCAAACGUGAGGCUGAUGGAGUAACAACGACCGAGCACACGAGAUGCACAAGAUGCUGACACUUCACACACACAUGCACACACAUGCACACACACACACAACAGUAAAUGGGAGUCUGCUGUCAGGGGGGGUGAGCCAUUUCCAGGUGAAGAAAACUGAAUUAAACUGAAUCAAGCUGAACCGAUCUGAACUGGAAUGACCUGCAGUGAAGUGAAAGGAAGGCUUCAGCUGGACGGCUCUCUGAGGUUUGGGGGGAAAAUUCAGUCAGAGAAAUACCUUGAAAUAAUGCAGAUGAAAACGUGUUGUUUUUGAAGCUUGCCUUCCAGGCUGUCUUGUAUUUUUAAUAUUUGGGGUUUAUUCACUUUUGCAUUGCGUUCUGUAACAUUAAUCAUACCUAAAAUCUCAACCAUGAGUUCUGACACUGUAAAUAAUAAGCUUUCUCUGUGUGUAAUCUGUAUUUUUCUAUUUUAUUAUACCUCUCAAGGUUUUUAAAACAUCUAUCUUCCUGGGGGGUCAUUGUGGAAUUAAAGAGACAUCUCCAGCGUCUGGCCUUUUCCUCGGAUGGCUUUUGUCACAGUCAUCGGAUCCCCUUUUGAUGCAGCGGCGUACAGUAUGUGGGGCUCAUUAUUCUCAGUUUUCAUCACAUUCACCAUCCAUGUGCACAUCUGAUUUUGAAACAUUUGCAGCACAUAUAUAUCUUUACAAUAUUUGCUUUUUUUUUUUUUCCACAUAUACUACCAUUCAAAUGUUUGGGGUCAUUUAGAAAUAUCAAUGAAGACGACAUUAAAUGAAUCAGAAAUACAGUCUAGACAUUGUUAAUGUGCUAAAUGACUAUUCUAGCUGGAAACGGCUGAUGUUUAAUGGAAUAUCUACAUAGAGGUACAGAGGAACAUUUCCAGCAACCAUCACUCCUGUGUUCUAAUGCUACAUUGUGUUAGCUAAUGGUAUUGAAAGGCUAAUUGAUGACUAGAAAACCUUUGUGCAAUUAUGUUAACACAUGAAUAAAAGUGUGAGUUUUCAUGGAAAACAUGAAAUUAUCUGGGUGUCAUUUGUGGGUUAUCGACAACAUAACAUAUGAAAACUGUACUAUUCGCUGCUUUUGUAAAACCUGCACAUUUUUAUUAAACUUCAUUAAA